AUGGAAGACAACAACGCGUAUCCGGCGACGAUGCUGGGCUUUCGGGCCCGACUGAGCACGCAGGACUCGAUGCUGCUCAUUCAACGAGACCUGCUCGAGUCCCCCAGCAAGACCGACUGCAGGACGAUCCUGGGCCUCGACUUAAAAAGUGCCUUUGAUAACGUGAAACACUCGGCGAUCCUGGCACAGAUCGCGAGACUCGGACUGGGCGAACGGACCUAUAACUACAUCCGAGCCUUCCUCUCGGACCGAGCGACGUGCCUCUGCGUCGGACACCUGCAACUAGAGGAGCGAAAGUUGGGCAGCGUCGGCACACCGCAAGGGGCCGUCAUCUCCCCCUUCCUGUUCAACACAGUCAUGAUACCGGUGGCCGAACGCCUCGCUCGACUACCGCACGUACGGCACACGAUCUACGCCGACGACAUCACCCUGUGGAUGACCGAAGGCACGACCGGACGCACGGAGGAAUCGCUCCAAGAGGCGAUCGAGCAGAUCGAAGACUGUCUGCGCGGAACGGGGCUCAAAUGCUCCCCGCAGAAAUCGGAACUACUAAUACUUCCACCACCCGGACACUGGCGCAAGUCAGCAGAAGCGGAGGCGGCCAAGAUUACGCUUCGGACGGAAGACGCCACCACCAUUCCGCACGUCCGAGGAAUCAGAGUGCUUGGCAUGCACAUCGACGCCGGCAACGGGAACCACACGGCCCUCAACAGGCUUCUGACGAAGAUGGGGGUGGCGACCCGCCUCGUCAAGCAAAUCUCCUCCAAACGGAACGGCAUGAGAGAAGCCAACGUCCUGCGACUGCUGCAGUCGUUUGUGACGAGCCACGUAUCGUAUGUCGGCGCUUUUCACGGAUGGCUGCAGCACGAGCGGGACAAGAUCAACGCAGCCAUCAGGAAGGCCUACAAGUCCGCCCUGGGUCUUCUCGUAAGCACGAGCAACGACUCCCUUGCCCGACUGGGGGUCCACAACACCCUAGAAGAGGUGAGCGAGGCCCAGCGCAUGUCGCAGCUCGCCCGCCUCUCAACGACCACUGCCGGCAGAGAAAUCCUCCGAAGAGUCGGCCUGCGCCCACCCAGAGCCGAGUCCUAUCGAGACGAGGCUCCGGAACGCACGGAGAUCGGAAGAGACAUCGCGAGACACCUCGUGGUCCUGCCGCUACCACGCAACAUCCACCCGCAACGCAACAAAGAGCGACGGGUCGCAAGAGCGAGAGCGCUGGCAGAGACUCACGCCAGGGACUCGACGGCGGUGUACGUAGACGCCGCCAAGCAUCAAUACCGACCGCACACCUACGUAGCAGUGGUUGUCCGAGCCACGGACGGCAAACUGCUUAACGCCUGCAGCGUCCGAGCAACGUCUGCGGAGCAAGCGGAGGAAGCUGCCAUCGCCCUGGCGCUAAACGGCACUCCCCAAGUCACCACCAUCCUGAGCGACUCCCGCACGGCCAUGGCCAAUUUCGGCCGCGGGAGCAUCGGAACCGCAGCAGCAAGCCUGCUGCCGAGAAGCAAGUCGACCACGACACAUCUACGGUGGUUCCCAGGCUCACGUCGGAGCCAUCCCGGGCGGAGUGGCCAACCGCAACGAAAGGGCGGACGCCGUCGCACGCGAGCUCGCGCACCGUGCGGCGCCCCCCCCCCCCCCCCCCGCCCCUCGGACGCGGAAGAAGCCGUACCCCCGGACUCGGACCAACUACUCGACUACGGCAGCAUCCUUCAGUGGUACCGAGAGGGCCGCCGAACGCUUCCCGGGCCUCACCCGAGGCUGGGGCGGCGCGAGGGGGUCCUCCUGAGACAACUACAGACUGGCACGGUGCUCACGCCCGCCCUGGCCCGACACGUGUGCCCCGGACUCUACGAAAGUGCGAAGUGCAGUAUCUGUGCGCGAGAAAUGGCAACACUGACACAUGUGCUGUGGGGAUGUGACGCGUGUGCGGGGGGAGUGACCACCGACGUACUACCACCGGACAUUGUGAACCACAUAGCCUCGCCCGAUCACGAGGCGCAGCUUAACGCCAUCCAGCGGCUUGACGCGGCCCUGGCUCGGCAAAAGCGAACGGAGCAAACUCCUAUAGUAGCUCGCGCUGGGCCUGCCGUCGUUGAGGUCUAA